GGCGGCGGCAGCGGCGGUGGCAAUAAUAACAAACGCUGUGCAAAUUUGCGAGAGAGAUAAGGGACAUGCACGAGGCGCGAGAAUAAUUGCGCAAUCUGUUUCUCGCGGUUGCAUCGCGACGUACGCCGCGCCGAUCCGAUCGGCCCGACCGACACGGAGUUCGACCGGAGAGGGAACGCCGCCUGCGAAGAGAAGAAUCGCAGCGCACCCACCGCCACCCACCGUGUCGUCGCGGCGAGGACCCGCAGCGAGCAGGCAGGCCGCACGGUGCGGGCACAGUGCGCCGUAGCUCUGUUAAUAAGCUCUGUUAAUCAGUGUGUGUCAAGAUUACCCUACAUAUCAUCCACCGCGGCGGCGGAUCUGUCCGCGAGCUCGCCGCGCAUCGUCGCGGGGAAAUCGAGCCUGUUGUUCAAUAAAGCUGUCGCACGAGCGAGCAAGAUGACGACGCGGAAAGGGCUUCUGUUGCUGCUCGGUCUCGCCGUCCUGAAGGAGUCGUCGUCGUCGUCCGCGUCCGACGCCGGGACUACGGACGAGUCCUCUCAUCAGAGACCGCAUCACAGACAGAAGAGGGUCUUUUGGUUCACAAACGACGGUCGAAUCGCGCUACCGCCCGGCACCGUCAUGACAAUCACACCAACGUUGGCAUUGCCGUUCGUCAGGCAUCCACCUUACGGUUUCCUCAGCAACAUGACCAUCAGUCUACCAUUCACGAUCGACUUCGACAAGCUAGGCUUGACCGACAACGAGAACCCCUAUGGCGGCUUGCCGCCGGCCUUCGACAGGAAUCUCAAAAGCCGUCAGGCCGGCAUGAUGAUGGCGGACUUCAUCGCCGCGUUCAUAAAGCGCAGAUUGCACAAGCGGGAGAUAACACCUCCGAAGAAUGCGUUCCACGGUGGCGAGAGGGCCCUGCUCUACGGUACCGCCGAGGACAUGCUGAACACUUUGGGGAUGAACGGGAAGGCGUGCCUGUUGAGGGCGAUCUGCGAGGUCCAGGGACACCCUUUGAGCAACUUUGGUCUGAUCGGCGAGAUGCUGAAGCUGUUCUUUACCGCUAGUCGAUCGCCGUUCGCGAAUCUCCUCAAGGAAUACGUCGAAGCGGAGAAUCGCGGCAAGUUUCAUGGCGAAUGCUGGCCCUACUUCAAGGACUGCCCGAAAUCCUUGUUUCUGCCGUCCAGCAACAAAUAUCAGAAAGAUUCGGUGCACGAGGACGCGGACGAAGGGGACGAGGAUUGGAGCCAGAUCCCGAAUGACCUCGACGAGGAGACUCCCACGAGGAUAUCGAUGCAAAGCGCAAAGAACACCGUACACCCGUCUAUGUAAUUAUAUCGAAUCUCAAUUGUACAAUUGUAUAAUUACGUAAGCUCACGGUGGAUUCGUGAGCUUUCUCUCGUUUCGCAAACAGAGAGGUCCCCGAGAGAGUGAAGCGAGGUCUCUUCUCCCAAAGAACAAGGAAAAGGGUCAAAACUUUUGACCCGCGUCAAUCUCGAUGAAGAUGAUAACAACUCCGCGCGAUCGUCCGGACGGUUCCGUGUGUAGCGUUCGCCAAAUCGGUUUCCCGUGACUCUGACUCUGGAUUUAUUUUCGAUCGGACGAUAAGUCCGAGAUUUCUCGGGGCCCGAAAAUUGAAUAAUCCUGACAGAUAAUCAACGACAGAUCAACUUGCUCCACGAAUACGAAACCGGAUCGCUGAUCGCCUGCCUCGCGCUCUCAAAAAGAAGCUCAUCCAUUGCAAAGCAACGGCAUCGUUCUGCUUUCGAGUCGAUGUUGGUGUUAAUACCACGCGAGACGCACACCAUUACCGUAAUCACAGUCAGAUGCAGUCAGAUAGAUCAAAUUUUCUCAGACGUAUAUGUGAUACACUGAGAAGAAAAUAUUUCGUGCUUGUCACUAUAAUUGCGUGAAUUGAAUGAAACAAUCAUCGUCAGGGAAUGCUACUGACAUAAUCCUAUAAUGACAAUAAUCUUGUAUACGCUGCUGUUACUUUUUCGCUGGAACGAUGAAAAAACACGAUUUUCUCUCAGUGUACCGUGUGCACACACACACACACACACACCCGAUCGAAAAUAUACGCGGGGGAAGCUGCCGGGAACGUUUUCUGGCUAGUCGUCGGUGUUGUAAAACUUGACGCUCUAACGAUCUGAUGUGUGUAUUUUUAUAUUUAUUGUACAGUGAGAAUAUUGUUUCUCUUGCUCCCUCUUCCUUUCUUAUCGAUUUAGUCAUUUAUGUAAUGCGUGUACGAUACGACUUUGUAUUUACAUACAACUACAGAGGCAUGGACGGACAAUAAAGUAUCAGUCUCGUGCUUGUAAUAUAUCAUAUGUAACGUGCAAUCAAUCACGUGCAAAGUGAUUCGCGAUUAAGGAGGAGCCGUUAGAAAAUCAGUUCGAGACUGCUGGUUUCUCGUCGCGGUCAUCUUGUCGAUUGAUAACGCUGGAAGCGAGAAGGUACAGACUCAAAAUUCUCGCAGAGCACGUCGAAACAAAACAGAUGCUCAAGAUGGCCACGAGGAGGAGGAGGAGGAGGAGGAGGAGGAGGAGGAGGAGGAGGAGGAGGAGACGAGAGACGCAAGUCUCUCGAUAAUCAUUCGAACCUUUCAGCGCGAAAUUCUUUUUUUUUUCGACAACCGUGCGGCGCAAUUUCGUACUCUGUAUUGACGCGCUCUCGCGAGACAACGCGAGUUCGUGUGCUCAGGAAAUGUACCAGAGCGUAAUGUACCAUGCUGCCAUAAUAAAUAUAGUAACGUGUA